AACUAAACCAAUUCGCGACUGGCGAUAGUGGAAAUUCACAGGCUUUGGUUUACAAGAGUAAUCACAAUUUAUUUAUUUAAUAGUAUCAUUAAAUUAACUUGUUCUAAACAAGUUCUGGGUAUUGCUGUACGGUUCGUUAUUAAACCGUUCCGCGGGCACAUUCGCACGAUGGCAGACCAGUCUGUUUUAGUCGACGAAUACUUCGAGUCGGCGCUGUCUUUGGUGAAAACUUCCGGAAACCUUAUAAAAGAUCAUAUUACUGGAUGUAAGGACUUCGAAUUGAAGUCGUGUGAUAUCGAUUUGGUGACAGAAAUAGAUAAAAAAGUAGAAGAAACUUUGAUUGGAGGAAUUUCAAAAUUAUAUCCCGACCAUCAAUUUAUCGGCGAGGAAGCGGUGUCUGGUGGCGCUAAAUGCGAGCUAACUGAUGCGCCCACAUGGGUGAUAGAUCCCGUCGACGGAACUAUGAAUUUUGUCCACGGUUUUCCACACAGCUGCAUCUCAUUGGGACUUCUUAUCAACAAGGAGGCAGUUGCUGGUAUUGUAUACAAUCCUAUCCUGGAGCAGUUGUUCACAGCAAAGAAAGGUAAAGGUGCGUUUUAUAACGGCCGACAGAUACAUGUAUCUCAAAUUAAGGAGUUGAGUAAAGCUUUGAUCAUGACAGAGGCUGGUACAAGUCGAGAUCCAGAAAGACAGAAAGUUCUUUUUGAAAACUUUAAAAUGAUAAUUACUAAGGCUCAUGGCAUUAGAACCUUGGGAUCUGCUGCCUUGAAUAUGUGUAUGGUGGCAUUGGGAGGGGCUGAUCUUAACUUUGAGUUUGGUAUUCAUGCUUGGGACAUAGCUGCGGGUGACAUUAUAGUCCGUGAAGCAGGUGGGGUCUGCAUUGAUCCUGCUGGGGGCCCCUUUGAUGUUUUAUCUCGUAGGGUCUUGUGUGCAAGCACUGAAGAGCUGGCACAAGAAAUGGCCAAAAAUUUGAGCCAAUUUUAUCCUGAGAGAGAUUAAAUAUAUGGAUAUGAUUAGAGUCUCAUUAUUGAUGCUUAUGUUAGUUAGGUAAGGUCAGUAAAUUUAAAGUACUUGAAGGACAUUGUUCCAUAUGAAGGACCAUAAAAUAUUCUGUAGAAAACCAACUCAAAUACUUUUGCUAUAAUAUUGCAAUUAAGUAUUUAGUCACUAUACACUAAGUAAAUAAAGCAGUUUGUUCUACAUGUGUAUUAUGUGUAGAAUUUAUUUAGGGCUACAAUAUUUCGUCAGGUGACAAGCAAAACUCACUAAUUACUACCACAAGUUAAUAGCCAGUGUGAACCAUAUUAAUACCUAAAUAAGGUUGUUUUUUGUUUAAUAUUUAUUUAGUAAUGAAUGAGUUUUGCUUGUCACCUGAUGAUUUAUGAGCAAUGUACCUACUAUGAAUUAUUAUUUAAUGGUUAAUGUGACUAGUCUGUUCUAGAAUUCAUUGUACUUAAUAUUAGAAUUUACAAUAUUAUUUAUUUGGAUCACUAUUUGAUAGUGACUUUGAUAAAUACAUGUAGUGAACAAAAAUCAUACCAAAUGAAUAAGACCAUAUAAUACACAACAUAAUAGAUACAAUGAUUUAAGACCAAAAAUCUUGAUAUUUUUAAGGCAUUUACUCAUGAAUGUAUUUUUUUGUAAGAUAUGACUUUUAUAGUAGGGUUAGUAAGGUCAUUUAGCAUGCACUUUAGUCUCAGGCGAUGCCGCUUGGCACCAUUGUUCCUUAGGUCAAACGAAGUUGAUUUGGCCCAGUAGCCAGGAGAUCGUACCAUGCAGACCCUCCAAAAAGGGAGGAUGAAAGGGUCGGCUCCCCAGGUCCAAUCUAUGCUAUAUUCCUUCCUAGUCUUAGCAACUAGGGCAAGUUAUAUAUCAUUUUCGUAUAAAUUAGGGACGAGGAAUUCAUUUUUGAAAUAAUGAUUAUGCCUUUCCAUACAAAAAAAAUAUUUUUGUACAAAAAAUGAAAAUGUAUGUAAUUUUUUGUGACAACUUUGGAUGUUACAAUCACAGUGUGGCGAUUUGCACUAAAUAAAAAUAUGGACGAUGUAGCCCAUGUAUUCUUUAUUCUGGAAAAUAUCACUUUAAAGUAGGCAUUCAUAAUUUUUUUCGUGAUAAAACAAUAAUUUAUAGCGCGUGGCGGUAAAGACUUCCAUACAAAUGGAACUAUGCCCAAAGUCAAAGAUUAAAAAUGUUUACUAAAACACUGAAUUUGGCAUUUUAAAAGUUUAAAUAUAAUGUUGUAAUAUUUUUUUCAUGCGUUUUUGCCCUUUUUUGGUACAAAUUUGUUGUUUUUAUUUUUCUUCCAUACAAACUUUCUCCCCCCUAUUUCCCCCCCUUAAGGGUAGAUAGUUUUAAAUUAGUUUUUAUUACUAACUUAUAUCUUUUUUAAUUAAUCAGUGUUCAAAUUUUCAGGUGAAAAUGUUUAGUAGUUUAGGAUCUACAUGUGUUUGAGCUAAAGACAUUUUAUUUCAUAAUAUCCCAUACAUUAUAAUAUCUAACGAAAUUCUGCUUACUUCCAGACAUCAUACAAUCUAAACCCCUGAAGAUAUGAAGCUGAAAUUUGCAACAUAAAUUAAAUGCAACAGGUUUAAGUUUGAGAUAAAAUAAAAUUUUAUAAAAUCAACCCUUAAGGGGGGGAAAUAGGAGGGAGAAAGUUUGUGUGGAAGAAAAAUAAAAUCAACAAAUUUGUACCAAAAAAGAGCAAAAACGCAUGGAAAAAAUAUUAAAACAUUAUAUUUAAACUUUUAAAAUGCCAAAUUCAGUGUUUUUGUAAAAAAUUGUAAUCUUUGACUUUGGACAUAGUUCCAUUUGUAUGGAAAUCGUUACUACCGCGCUCUAUAAAUAUUUUUUCUAUUACGAAAAAAUGUAUGAAUGCCUAAGAUAAAGUGAUAUUUUUCAGAAUAAAGAAUACAUGAGCUACAUCGUCCAAUUUUUUAUUUAGUGCAAAUCGCCACACUGUGAUUGUAACAUCCAAUAUUGUCACAAAAAAUUACAUAACAUUUUCAUUUUUUGUACAAAAACCAUUUUUUUUUGUAUGAGAAGGUAUAGUAAUUAUUUCAAAAAUGAAUUCCUCGUCCCUUAAUUAUACGUAAAUGAUAUAUAACUUGCCCUAGUUGCUAAGACUAGGAUGGAAUAUAGCAUAGAUUGGACCUGGGGAGCCGACCCUUUCACCCCCCCCCCCCUUUUUAGGGGGUCUGCAUGGUACGAUCUCCUGGCUACCGGGCCAGAUCAACUUUGUUUGACCUAAGGAAAUCGUGCCAAGCGGCAUCGCCUUAUAGGUUAUCUGCCUUAACACUUUUGGUGCCUGGUGCCCCGUUUUCAGUACAAAAUGAACACACAUACGUGUUCUUUGCAGUGAAUGUGUUAAAUUAUCAGUUUUUUUACUAGAAUGGCUAUGAUCAUUAUUGUUAUGGAUUUUAAUUUAUUAGAAAUUAUAAGCAUAUAAAAAUGUAUAUUCUGUUGUGAUGUAAUAAAAUGAUGUAAUGUUG